AUGCCUCUUCUGUUGAAAAUUAGUCUAAGAAACUGCAGUUUACAAGGGCCAAUUCCUAACUGGAGCAAUAUGCCUUCUAUUGCAUAUAUAGAUAUGAGCCUAAACCAGCUUAAUGGAUUGAUACCAGCAGGUGACCUUUCUGAGAAUAUCACUACUAUUGAUUUAUCCUACAACAAUCUUAAUGGAACUAUCCCUGCCAGCUUCUCAAGGCUUCCUUAUCUGCAGAAAUUGUCACUGGCAAACAAUUCACUGAGUGGUUCUGUCCCAUCCACCAUUUGGCAAAAUAGGACUCUUAAUGAAUCUGAGAGACUGUCCUUGGAUUUUCAGAACAAUAUGUUUUCGAAUAUAUCUGGCAGUCUUGCCCUCCCUCUGAAUGUCACCAUUAGGCUUCACGGAAAUCCCAUAUGCUUAAGCGGCAACUUUGUUCAAUUCUGUGGAUCCCAAGACGAAGGUUUCAGCGAUAUCUUGAACAAAACAGAUGCCGGAGAGUGUAUAUCGUCAUGUCCACCUUCUUACGAGUUAGCUCCACCAUCUCCUGAUUCACUUUGCUUUUGUGCUGUACCUCUGCUGGUAGGAUAUCGCUUGAAGAGUCCCGGGUUUUCAGAUUUUCGCCCAUAUAUUAAUAUAUUCGAGAAGCACCUAAGUGAUGGUAUGGAAUUGCAUAUUUAUCAGCUCAAAAUUGAUUCGGCUGAAUGGCAAGAGGGACCUCGACUGAGAAUGUACCUGAAGAUUUUUCCAGUGUAUGUUAACCACACAACAUUCAAAUUUAAUGAAAGCGAGGUCACACGAAUUCGUAGCUUGUUUAGUGGAUGGAAUAUUCCUUUUGAGGAGGUGUUUGGACCUGUUGAGCUUCUCAACUUCACACUUCUGUAUCCUUACAGAGAUGAAUUUUCCUCAUCUUCAUCUGGUAUAAGCAAGGGGGCACUAGCUGGAAUUGUACUCGGAGCAAUAGCUGGAUCAGUUACCUUAUCAGCCUUUGUGGCACUUUUCAUCUUGAAAAUGCACAUGAAGAAACUUCAUACAGCUUCAAAACGACGUCCAUCAUCAAGGAUCUCCAUCAGAAUCGAUGGUGUGAAAGAUUUCACUUAUGGUGAAAUGGCACAUGCAACAAAUAAUUUUGCUAACUCAAGUGUUGUCGGACAAGGAGGUUAUGGAAAAGUUUACAAAGGUAUUCUUGCUGAUGGAACCGAAGUGGCCAUAAAACGAGCUCAGGUGGGAUCAUUACAGGGUGAAAAGGAGUUUCUUACUGAAAUAGAACUAUUGUCGAGGUUACAUCAUAGAAACCUCGUGCACUUGUUGGGAUAUUGUGAUGAAGGAGGUGAACAGAUGUUGAUCUAUGAGUUCGUGUCUAAUGGUACUUUGAGAGAUCACCUAUCUGGGAAGUUUAAAUUGCCUUUGAGUUUUGCUAUGAGAGUUGCUGAUUUUGGACUAUCACGGUUAGCUCCAGUUCCUGAGCUUGAAGGAGGCAUGCCUUCUUAUGUAUCAACAGUUGUAAAGGGGACUCCGGGAUAUCUUGAUCCAGAGUAUUUUUUAACUCACAAGUUGACGGACAAAAGAAUGCACCCAAUUUCACAUGGGAAAAACAUUGUUCGGGAGGUCAACAUUGCAUAUCGUUCGAGUGUGAUCUUUUCUGUUAUCGAUGAAGAAAUGGGAUCUUAUCCUUCUGAAUGCGUGGAGAAGUUCAUAGAUCUGGCUCUUAAGUGCUGCCAAGACGAGACAGAUUCCCGGCCUUCAAUGGCAGAAGUGGUUAGAGAACUUGAGAACAUAUGGCUCAUGACACCUGAGUCGGACACCAAGAUAUCCGAAUCCAAAGUCACUGAUCCCAGAAAGGAUAUCACUCCGCCAUCUUCAUCUACUUCACUAAAGCAUCCAUACGUUUCACAAGAUAUCUCAAGUAGUGAUCUUGUGAGUGGAGUUAUUCCCACUGUUACACCGAGGUGA